GGGAAUCUGAGAAGGAGACAAAAAAGGCAGAGUCUGAGUCUGUAGUGGGUGCGCUAGGGACUCGGGCCGGAGGGCGCAUGCGCGGGUCUUUUACGUAGGCGUGCGCCCAAGCGGCGCUGGGGACCCCGCUGCGGACACGCGCGGAGUCAGAAGGGCGCGCGCGCGGCUUAGGCUGCGCGGUGGGAGGUGCGCCAUGCCGGGGAUGGUGCUGUUCGGCCGGCGCUGGUCCCUAGCCAGCGACGACCUGGUGUUCCCCGGAUCUUUUGAGCUGCUCCUACGUGUGCUAUGGUGGAUUGCCAGUCUCACGUUAUAUCUCACGCACAGAAGGAAGCUGGACUGCCCCGGUGGAGUCCUGCUCAGCACGUACCUGAUAGUCCUCCUUGUUCUCCUGGCAGUUGUUAUAUGCACCGUGUUGGCCAUCGUGUGUGUCAGCAUGAGAGGAACCAUUUGUAACCCUGGACCUCGGAAGUCUAUGUCUAAGCUGCUCUAUAUCCGCCUGGCGCUCUUCCUGCCAGAGAUGGUCUGGGCUUCUCUGGGGGCCGCCUGGGUGGCAAAAGGUAUCCAAUGUGACAGGACAGUUGUGCUUGGCAUCAUCGCCACCGUCAUUGUCAGCUGGAUUGUCAUUGCUGCCACCAUGCUCACCAUCAUCUUUGUCUUUGACCCACUGGGCGGGAAAACGGCUCCGUAUCCCCCAUGCAUCCCCGAGCACCUGGACAGUAACAACACGAACCAGUUAUUGACUGGCCUGAAGACAGCUGCAAAGAGCGUGUGGGAGACCCGGGUGCAGUGCUGCUGCUGCUGUGUUGGCCAGGACGACAACACCAGGGUCGCUUUUUCCAGCACGGCCGACCUGUUCUCCACCUACUUCUCUGACACAGACCUGGUGCCCAGUGAUAUUGCAGCAGGCUUCACCCUUCUCCACCAGCAACAGGACAAUAUCAGCCACAGCAGGGAGCCUCAGGAGGUUGUGACCCACACACCAGGGCAGUCUCAGGAAACUGAGUUGGAUGCCGAAGUGGAAAACUGCCAUCACUAUAUGCCGUUUGCAGCAGCUGCCUAUGGAUGGCCCCUCUACGUCUAUAGGAACCCGUUCACGGGGCUGUGCAGGAUUGGUGGGGACUGUUGCAGAAGCAGAGACAUAGAGUAUGAUGCAGUAGAAGGUGACCAGCACAACUGCCACUUCGCCUCCAUCCUGAAGACGACAGGCCUGCAGUACAGGGAUUUCAUCCACAUAAGCUUCCAUGACAAGGUGUAUGAGCUGCCCUUCAUAGUGGUUCUGGAUCACAGGAAGGAGUCUGUUGUGGUCGCUGUGAGAGGGACUAUGUCUCUCCAGGACGUCCUGACCGACCUGUCUGCAGAGAGUGAGAACCUGGAGCUGGAUAUUGAGCUACAGGACUGUGUGGCCCACAAGGGAAUUGCUGAAGCAGCCAGGUACAUUUACCGCAGACUGGUCAAUGAUGGGAUUCUGGGCCAAGCCUUCAGUGUCGCUCCGGAGUACCAGCUCGUUCUGGUGGGGCACAGCCUGGGAGCCGGCGCUGCGGCCCUCUUAGCCAUCAUGCUCCGGGGGACCUACCCACAAGUCCGCGCUUACGCCUUCUCCCCGCCCAGGGGGCUGUUGAGCAAAUCCCUCUAUGAGUACUCCAAGGACUUUGUUGUGUCGCUUAUCCUAGGGAUGGAUGUGAUCCCCAGGUUAAGUGUGACCAACAUGGAGGACCUCAAGAGGAGGAUCCUGCGAGUGAUCGCUAACUGCAACAAGCCGAAGUACAAGAUCCUGCUGCAUGGCUGUUGGUAUGGACUGUUUGGAGGAAGCCCUGGCAACUUUCCAACUGAACUGGAAGAGGGCAACCAGGGGGCCCUGACACAGCCUCUCCUUGGGGAACAGACUCUUCUAACACGAUGCUCCCAAGGCUGCCGCUCCAGUGACUCCCUGCUGGACUCUCCCACCAAGUACCCCACUCUGUACCCACCUGGCAGGAUCAUCCACCUGGAAGAGGAGGGUGGCUCAGGGAGGGUUGGCUGCUGUUCUGCUGCCCAGUACAGAGCAAGGUGGGCACAUGAAGCAGAAUUCAGUAAGAUCCUUAUAGGCCCAAAGAUGCUGACUGACCACAUGCCUGACAUUGUGAUUCGGGCCCUGGACAGAGUGGUUGCUGACAGAACAGCCUGUGUCUCCUGCCCAGGGCAAGGCGGCUCUAACAUACCUUAGUCGGCUCUCCUGGACACUGACCAGCACAAUGGACUUGCAUUUUGGGGGAGGUUCUUUUGUUGUUGCUUUUGUUUUUUUCUUGAGACUGAUAGGCUGUGAGUGGCUUCUGUGAGGCUGGUAUGGUGGUUAUCUGUCCAUCAACAGUAACCUGAGGGGUCCUGGCAGAAAUGGACAUUAAUAUGACCAUACAAGUUAUACAACCUUUUUUUUUUAUUAUUGUUUUGGUUUUUCAAGACAGUUUCUUUGUGUAGCCCUGGCUGUCCUGGAACUCACCCUGUAGACCAGGCUGGCCUGAAACUCAGAUCUGCCUGCCUCUGCAUUUGAGUGUUAGGAUUAACGGCAUGUGCCACCACUGCCUGGCCUAUGGUACCAUUUUUAACCACAGUAUUAACAGGAUCUGGAGUUGGGAACAUGUAUAGGUGUUGGGACUUCUAGGCCAGCUCAUGGCACAAGCCACCUAAGAACCCUACAUCUGAGGACACUCCGUGGGUCUGCAGCGCCCCCACUCAUACGAGGAUCCCAUCCUGCUGUUUACAUGAGUCUGAACUUCAAGACAACAGACGUGCACUUUCUAUUUACCUGCAUUCUUCCGGGGGCACUAGGACAGCCCGAGCUUCCUGAGCCCGGCACUGCAGCUCCUCACGUACACGAGCUGAUCACUAACUCUUUGUGUGCUUAAUUCUCACGUUAGUCUACAUCUGAGCCAGGUGGGCGGCUCAGGGGAAUUUAAAAAAAAAUAAAGUAGUCGGUAUAUCAUCAA